CUUCUUAAGAACAACCAUGUAGUCACCUUUCGCUACUUGUACGGAAGAGAACUCUACAACAUGUCGACAGCAAGGUGUUUUCGGUCAAUGGUAGCUCGACCUGCGUUACGCUCUUACAUCAAGCCUCAGAUUCUGCCAUUAUCCAUUCAAACUCGGCAUGCUUCUUCGAAACAUCCGAAAGGCUUCGAGUCGCCUUCUUCCUCCGACCUCGACGAGCUCCGAGAACGAGUACAAGAGUUUACGAGGAGAGAGAUAACAGAAGAGGUGGCAUCUCAUACCGAUAAAUCCAAUGCCUUCCCGAAUGACAUGUGGCAGAAGCUCGGUGAUGCGGGGUUUCUGGGAAUCACUGCGGAUGAAGACGUUGGUGGACUGGCAAUGGGAUACCAAGCUCACUGUGUGGUAAUGGAAGAAAUCUCACGAGCUUCAGGCUCGAUCGGACUCAGUUAUGCAGCACAUUCGCAAUUGUGUGUCAACCAAUUGCAAUUGAAUGGCAGUCCAGAGCAGAAGCAAAAAUUCUUGCCCGGUCUGAUCGCUGGUACCAGCAUUGGUGCACUCGCAAUGUCGGAAAGUGGAGCUGGGAGCGAUGUUGUUAGUAUGAGGACUACGGCUAAGGCCGUCGACGGAGGCUAUGUCCUUAAUGGUACGAAGAUGUGGAUCACGAAUGGGCCUGACGCGGAUGUAAUCGUGGUAUAUACUAAGACCGAGCCUGACAAGGCGUCGAAGGGCAUCACUGCGUUCCUGGUGCAGAAAGACUUUGAAGGGUUCAGCUGUGCGCGAAAGCUGGAUAAAAUGGGCAUGCGUGGAAGCAACACGGGAGAACUAGUGUUUGAUGGUGUGUUUGUGCCAAAGGAGAAUGUCCUGGGCGAGAUCAAUCGUGGUGUCAAAGUCUUGAUGGAAGGCUUGGAUCUUGAACGACUGGUCCUCAGUGCCGGCCCUCUCGGCAUCAUGCAAGCAGCGAUGGAUGUCACACUGCCAUUUACUCACCAGAGGAAGCAAUUUGGAAUCCCAAUUGCUCAAAAUCAACUCGUCCAGGGCAAGCUUGCCGAUAUGUACACCAAACUGCAAGCAGCCAGAUCGUAUACUUACGAUACUGCGAGGAAAGUUGAUGAGAUCGGUCAAAUUCGAACUCAGGACUGUGCAGGUGCUAUUCUGUAUGCUGCAGAAAGAGCAACGGAGUGCACUCUUGACUGUAUACAAUUGCUUGGUGGAAUGGGAUACGUGGAGGAGAUGCCGGCUUCUAGGUUGCUGAGGGAUGCAAAGUUGUAUGAAAUAGGGGCUGGGACGUCCGAGAUUAGGCGAAUGGUAAUAGGAAGGGCUUUUAACAAAGAGUAUAGCAGCCAUGCAUCAUGAGGACAAUGAUUGGGUUGGGCAUUUCCACGGCGCUCUGUAGCAGGUUAUAGCUUAGGGUCACUAGAUUCUAUAGAAAUCUAAAAGGUCGAA